AUGUCUUCUUUGAACUUCUCUGGUUGUCGUCGUUCGCUGCCACGACCCCCCAUUCUCAGCUACCGCAUCGGCUGUCGUACCAGUCUCCAAAACCGGCAAACACAGGCGGGCAUUGACAUCGCCGUCACUUUCUGGCCCGAACUCUGUAAGGACUCCGACAUGUGGUACUCUCAAACACCGCGUGAAGCACGAGGCCGCCACCGCCUGGUACCCAUUGCGGGCUGUGCAGCUCUUACCGGCUGCCUCCUCCCCACCAGCCGGGCCCAACGCCUCAAGUUCCUCCCCUGGAUCGACUCUUCCUGGACUAAUCCGCGCACUCGUACCAUCCACCGCAGUGACAAUAACCGAACCCUCAUUGCCUCAACUGCGGCAGCCACCACCGACCCGGCCCAGACCCCUCCAGCGCACCAGCCGCCCCCGCACGUCAUGCCGGCCUUUACCCCUGCCACCGCCUAG